AUGAGCCGCCUGUCUUCCAGAAGCUUCAUCAAGCUUCACGCUCUAUUUCAGUUUGCCCUCGCAGCGUACCUGACUUGGACACCAGAAGUCAUAACGGACUCGGGCCUAGUCUACUACGUUCAAGAUGAGCUGAAAAUCUCCGACAUCCCACCCUUCAGCCGUCCCCGCUCCCCCUUUGCCUUAUGCGGCAUCCUCCUCCUCGUCUUCGCGCUCGUUGACCUCACCCUGGCCAUCAAACUGCCUGCCCUGAACCGCAUUCUCACAAUUGCCCACUGCAUCCGCCGCGACGCCGCCGCUGCACGCCAGCCGCGAACCGAGGGGCAACUCGCGGGGGAGCCGGACCCCAGCGUGACAGAUGCGGCAGUCAAGGUCGCGACGGAAUUCACAUCACUAUAUGUCCAUCUAUGCAUGCUACUAACCACCCUGCGCUUCUCGAUCUUCUUCUUUGUCUCGUUGAAGGUUUACUUCUCGCCAGAGAGCGUGUGGGCGGGGAAGGUCGGGCCUGCUGCGCUCGACUCGAUAAGUAACCCUACCGCCGCUGCCGCUGCCGCUCCUGGUGGUGUGAAGAUGACGUUGGUGGAGGAAUUGAAGAGUAAGAUUGUGCUGGGAUAUGGGGUCAUGGAGAUAAUGUUCUCUUGCUGGGUGAGACGAGUGACUGUGCGCGGAUUUGCUCUGUGGAAGCUCCCUUUCUGA